UGCAACUAAAAUAUUUUUAGCGAUAUUCAAGUCACUAAUACUUCUAAGACCAUUCUCAAAAGAUGGAUUUUUUUCAGUUGUCUAUCAUUUUCAUAUUUUUCGUUUAUUUUAUCCGAUAUUCAAUUGGAGGAUCAAUUAAUUGCACUGCGAAAAUGUUAGAUACUAAAGUCAAGCUAAAAAUUCAGUAUGAUCGAAAUGAGCUUGGCAUAUACAAAUACAACAAUAAAAAAUUAGUCAAUAUUUUGUUACCUUUCGUGAAUGUUACGUACAGCGGGACGCAUCCAGACAUAAAAUCACUACCAUUAAUGAUGCACACAAGUAUUGAAGGUUAUGCUGUUCUCACGGAAGAUAACAGACUUAAUGAGUGCAAAUUGACAUUACAGACAAACUCGAUGUACUCCGGAAAAUUUUGCCUUGAAAUCCAACGCGACUUAUUUUCCUCGGGGUACUCGUGCUACAGCGAGAUGUUAUGCAAUCAAGUUAGCAGGAUAACUCAAGACGAUGAACGGCGCGCCAAUUUAAGCGCACAUGAUUUUGGAGAAAACGCCGUUUAUUACAAUUUAAUCAGCCAACGUUAUCCAACUAUUCGAUUGGACAGGAAGGAAAAUAAUUAUUCGCUCAGCACGAUUUCCACUAGGGAUUCUGAUUUACAGAAUGGGCUCAAUGCUCUUGUAGAUUUUCUCCUCAUUGUAGGGGUGUCGUAUAUUUCUUCGAAUAAGUUAGGAAUAAUUAAUCUACCAGACCAAUACAGCAAUUUGACCUUUUUUCCGGCUAAACAGGGAUAUUUUCAUAUGACUGGUGGCACGUUCGGGGAUUUGACCAAAAUAUUGAGAACCACCCCGGUCAGAAUUAUCAAUAAAGGAUCGUGCUACUCUAUAAGCAUUGGAUUUCAAUUACCCAAUAUAAAUAUCAGUUACGAUAACUACAAUUUCAAAUAUUCGAUUGCACGGAAAUCCGGCAAAGCUAGCAUCGACGUAGACAGCAUUACUUUCGACACAGAAAUCACUGUAAAUUACAAUUCAUUUCCGUGCAACAUAUCAGCAAGUUACAUUCGUUCACAAAUUCAUGGAUUACAUUUUAAGCUAUUUAAUGGUGGAUUUACUGACUAUUUGCUCAACAAGGUAGUGAAUUUUUCAAUUAACAUGUUUACUCGUAACAUUGUUGAGUUCCUUCAAAAUCUAUUUGUAACUACGGUUCAUGAUACUUUGAAAACAAUUGAUUGUGAAAAAUACCGACCUCGAAUUUAUUAGAACACUGUCAAUUUCGCCAAUACAUUUUUUCAUAAAAAAAGUCUAUAUAAUUAUACCUCAUUUUUUGGAAGUAAAACGUUUUGUUUCGCAUAAGUGGCUUAUGCAUCAACGUGAAAAUUAAAUGUUGAAAAAAUUAUGUGAAAUAGAAAUACAAAAAUGUACCAACUUUUUCAUAAUAAAUAUGUGCAUAAAAAUGAUGAAAU